UUUGGGAGGAUCCUAUACUUCUUACAAUAGAGAUAAAUAUCCUAUUAACUUCAAUUAUACCUUCAGGGGAUUAACAGACGAUUUCCCUGUUUGCUUUAACUUCCCCAAUGAUCCUAGAAGCUUUAUUACCACCACCAAAGAAGGAUGUGUUGGGGCCUCUAAAAAAGUAAUUAUAACAGAUUCCUGGUCUCUACGUCAUCGGUCAGCUUGGGUAUUAUUGGCCCGUAUGCCCGGGAUUCUUGACCCCUAUGUAACCCUGCAUUUCAAAUCUCCACCAAAAUAUCCGAAUUGUUAUAAGGUUGCUCCUUCAGACAAAAUAUGGAACACCAUAGACAGUCGUACAGGGUAUCUGACUUGGACAUCUUGUACUUAUGAUUCAAGGAUUGAUUAUAGGAUACCAGGAGGUGGAGAUUAUACUAUUCAGGACUGGAGCAACCUGAAUCCAGGUGAGGAUCCAUUGGCUGAUGAUACAUUUGAGGGCAGAUUCGAGAAUUGGGAUAGGAUUCCUCUUCCUUGGCCAAUACAUGCCACUAGAUGGCAUCAUAAUCAAUUUGUUCCUCCUAUGUUGUCUUAUACAACUAAGAAACAGACCUAUUGGCAACCUGAAAUUUGGAGAGCCCUUGCUGCUACUGCUCCUGUUUCCUUAUACCUCCCAGAUAGCAAUUCUUCUGUUUUAGCUUGUCUACCCUCCCCUUAUGUUUUUCUUUUUAAUAAUGACUCCAAGAGACUUAAUGUAUGCAUGAAUUAUUCAGGUGGACCUAAUAUAGUAACUUGUGAACAAUGUAUGCUUUCAUCUUGUUUGACCCCAAAAUAUAAUGUCUGCUCUUUUGUGGUGUUAAAACACCCACCCUAUCUCAUGAUACCUGUGACCGUGACUAGCCACUGGUAUGACAAUUACGGCCUCGCCGUGUUACAACAACUACAAGAUUUAAUGCGACAACGGCGAUUUGUGGGCUUACUUAUUUUAGGAAUAACAGCUUUAAUAGCAGCAAUUACUUCUGUUACUGCGGCAGCAAUAUCAUUGACUCAACAAGUGCAUACUGCCCAAUAUGUUGAUAUCAUGUCUAAAAAUAUUUCUCUAACUCUAGCAACACAGCAAGUUAUAGAUAGAAAGUUGGAGAUGAGGGUAGAUGCCUUGGAGGAGGCAAUAAUGCAUAUUGGGACUGAGUAACAGGCUUUAAAGGUGAAAAUGGCUCUGUCAUGCCACGCUGAUUACCGGUGGAUAUGUGUGACAUCUUUAAAUGUAAACGAGACAGAUUAUGAAUGGGAAAAAAUUAAAAAUCAUAUUUCAGGUGUUUGGAACAGCUCUGACAUUGGCCUGGACUUAGGGAAACUUCAUAAUCAAAUACAGACCUUGGAACACUCUCGACUGGAUUUUACCACCGCAGGAGCAGCUAAUAACUUUUUUCACACUUUCUCUAACUUCAUUUCAGGGAAAAAAAACAUUCUGUCUAAUAUCUUUAGUUAUGUUGAGGUUGGUGCUCUAUUUUUGCUACUCAUAAUCAUUCUUCCUUGUAUUGUCAGGAUUCUUCGGCAGAACAUUCAGAAGCUCGUGACUGAGCUGCAUUGGGUGUUUUAAGAAAUAGAAAAGGGGGAGAUUCCGGGACCCAGUGUGAGGGAACUCUGCCCAUGGCAAAGGUCAUGAGGAAGGAGGCUUGGCAUAAGCAAAGGCGGAAUCGAGCCUCAGGAGUCCCCCUGAAAAUUCUCGAGCAUAUACUCCCAAAAGCAGAGUCUGCCUACUUUACUGCUUUGUGCUCUCACCUACACCUCUGACUUUACAGGGGGCUGUCCCCCACCACCUCUCUCUGAAAAAGAGUUAACUUACAGCUCCAGUUGAUAAAGCUCCUGGGUGUGAUAAGAGUGUUUCAACCUACAAACUCCUCUGAAGAUUAUUCCGGCCACAUGCGAUUGUUCACAGCCUUCCAACCGUGAAAGGCAUGCGAUGUUCUAAACUGUCUAAAUACAGGUUCCUUUGAGCAGUUAAAAGAUUGAUUAGAAAUUGUAUUGGUGAAGGGUUUUUCACUUGUUGGGCAAAUGUUUGCUGCUGUUUCCAUAUCCCUUACCUACUGUGUUCCUCGCAGUGUAUUGAUUAACAGAGUUGGUGUAUAGGAAUAUAAGUAGUAGCCUUAAUGUUUGUAACCUUGGACCCUUGAGUUAAUUAUUUUCUUGUUAUAGCCCACCACACCUUUGCCCUAUAGGAAUUCAACUUUAUCUAAUGCUUUUGGAGCAUGGUGCCUGACUUUAGAAUAAUCAACUUUAGAGAAAAAUAAGUUUUCUGAAGAAAGGAUCUUAAAAUGUUAACAGGCCUCUUGGCCAGAAGAUGAUGUAAUUCACCAAAACUUUUGAUUAUGAUAAGUUUGUAGGGAGAAAGCCUGGCUUACUGCUAACUUUACCCUUUCCCCCAUUAUACUCUAAGCACAACUUAAGGUAUAAAAACUACUUUGGAAAAUAAAGUGUGGGCCUUGUUUACCAAA